ACACGCCAGGAAAGGGGGCGCGCACGUUUACGGGUUCCUGCCUUUGUGUUGUUUUCCGUAUGUGAAGGGGACGGAGUUAGUGGCUUGGUCUAGCUGUUUAACAGCGCCAGUUAGCUGUUCCGCGGAAAUUGCAUUGUCCUUACGAGGGAUACCUGGUUCCUGACGAGGUUUGUAGCUGACUCUGGGAGGAAAAGAAAGCCCCGAAAAAGAAGGAGUCUUGCCGACGACUGACGAAAUGCCUAACGGAGUCCUUCGCGUGGCCGACCCUCGCGCAUCGGUCUGAUAACCGUUGAGAUGGACUGCUGCCGAUCCAGGAAAAACAAACAAGUCUGUCUGUCCGGGAACUCGGCUUCUUCGCCAACUCAGUGAAUAACAGGAAUGCCCAAAGAGAAAUAUGACCCGCCAGACCCGAGGCGGAUGUACACAAUAAUGUCAAGUGAGGAGGCGGCCAAUGGGAAGAAAUCUUACUGGGCGGAACUUGAGAUCAGCGGUAAAGUGAAGAGUCUCAGCUCAACGCUAUGGAGCCUGACUCACCUCACCGCCCUGUACCUUAGCGACAACUCCCUGUCGCGCAUCCCCCCCGACAUUGCCAAACUGCACAACCUGGUGUAUCUGGACCUGUCAUCCAACAAGAUCAGGAGCCUGCCGGCAGAGCUUGGCAACAUGGUUUCUCUCAGGGAACUGCUUUUAAAUAACAACCAGUUGCGGGUUCUGCCUUUCGAGCUGGGAAAACUGUUUCAGUUACAAACACUGGGGUUGAAAGGGAACCCACUCACACAAGAAAUCUUGAACCUGUAUCAGGAACCUGAUGGGACUCGACGGCUGCUCAGCUACCUUCUGGACAAUCUCGCUGGCACCGUCAAACGCAUCCCCACAGAGCAGCCACCAUCCAGGUCCUGGAUUGCCCUUCAAGAGCCAGACAGGACACGACCUACAGCCCUGUUUUCCGUCAUGUGUUACAACGUGCUGUGUGACAAGUAUGCCACACGACAACUGUAUGGCUACUGCCCAUCCUGGGCGCUCCACUGGGAGUAUCGGAAGAAGUCCAUCAUGCAGGAGAUUCUGAGCUGCAGUGCAGAUAUCAUUAGCUUGCAGGAAGUGGAAACAGAGCAGUACUACAACUACUUCUUGGUUGAGCUAAAGGAACAGGGUUACGAUGGGUUCUUCAGUCCCAAGUCACGAGCCAGAACCAUGUCAGAAUCAGACCGGAAGCAUGUCGAUGGUUGUGCAGUAUUCUUCAAGGCGGACAAGUUCAGCCUCGUCCAGAAGCACACUGUGGAGUUCAACCAGUUGGCCAUGGCCAACUCUGAGGGCUCAGAAGCCAUGCUGAACCGGGUCAUGACGAAGGACAACAUUGGUGUGGCCGUGCUCUUAGAGCUGCGCAAGGAGAUGAUAGAGAUGUCCUCUGGAAAGUCUUUUCAUGGAAUGGAGAAGCAGCUCCUUUUGGUGGCCAACGCCCACAUGCACUGGGACCCGGAGUACUCGGACGUCAAGCUGGUCCAGACCAUGAUGUUCAUGUCUGAGGUGAAGAACAUUGUGGACAAGGCCACUCGCACCCUCAAGCUGUCCUCGACAUCCGGGGAGGCCAAUGCCAUUCCGCUCGUGCUGUGUGCUGACCUCAACUCGCUGCCAGACUCGGGUGUGGUGGAGUAUCUGAGCACCGGUGGGGUGGACUGUACCCACAAAGACUUCAAGGAGCUGCGCUACAGUGACAGCCUGACCAACUUCAACAGCAAUGGCAAGAAUGGCACAUCCAGCACUAGGAUAACACACGGCUUCAAGCUGAAGAGCGCCUACGAGAACGGCCUGAUGCCUUACACCAACUACACCUUCGACUUCAAGGGCGUGAUUGAUUACAUCUUCUAUUCGAAGCCCCACCUCAACGUCUUGGGCAUCCUGGGGCCUCUCGAUCCCCACUGGCUCAUUGAAAACAAUAUUACCGGUUGCCCGCACCCCCAUAUUCCUUCUGAUCACUUCUCCCUGUAUGCACAACUGGAGCUGGUCCUGCCCUACCCACCGCCCAUCAAUGGAAUUCACCUGCCAGGUCGCAGGUAGUCCCGCGAGCCUCCGGGGACACUCCACCUCCCUCACGCUCCUCAAAACUCAAACGAAGAAGAGAACACAAUCUUUAAAAUUCAAGUCAUACAGUAAGAGGUGUGAGGUAUGGCCAGCAGGGAUUUGUUUUUUGUAUGUAUCAUUUUUGUGUUUUCCUUUAAUUGUUUGUAUUCAUUUUAAUUGAAGAAUCUAAAGUCAAUCAAGUCUCUUGCUAUACACACCCCACAUUCAUGUUCCUUUCGUUAUACAUUGAUGGACCACGCAGUGAGUUUGUCGUAUUUCUUUAAAUGUUGUUCAUUUCACUUUUUUAAAAACACCCCCAGUCCAGGUCCGUUAAGCUUUGACAGUCCCGCUUACACCGUUUGCCGGGGUUCACAGAUGGAGGGAGUGUUUUAUUUACCAGAAGUGUAAUUGUGUGCCCCCCCGUCCCCCUGCACGCCCCUUUUGCUCAUGUGAUGACUUGUCGGUGUAGGAGGGCACAAGCCACAUCUUUGCCUUUGUGCUUUUGGUGCUGAAACCAGCUCUUCUGCUGCUGUCACCUCCAGUUCCCCUCUCUGGGGGCCUGGGUGUUUAAGUAUUCACUUGAUUCAGCUGUAACUCAUGCUGGCCCAUGCGUGGUUGAGUGACCACCCCCCAUACUUUGAAAUGGAGGAGGACAGUGGUGUAGAGUGUGAUAGGAGAUGGUGGCUUUUUGGCGGGGAGCACACGGAGGAGUCAGGGUCCUUUCUGGGCGUGUAUUGCCGCAAAAGCACCUGUGCUGGGUCAAAAAGGAGGAUGCAGCUUGAAGCAACAUCACUCUCGGCACUGCUCUGUGGCUCCGUGCACCCGAGCCCUGACAUCACGGGCAUCCGUCAGCACUGCCCUCCAGGGUGGGCGAGGAUCCACUGCUGGUCAUCCUUCUGAUUUUGGUUUGGCAGGUUCUCACAUGGGCAGCAGCGUGUGUAUGUGUGUGUGUAUAUAUGUGUGUAUACACACACACACACACACACACACACACACAAAUCAGUAGCAUUGUCUUGGAGGCCGUAAGUGAGCCCCUCAGCUCCAUCCCGAAUGGGCCAUGAAGUGCACAUUUCACUCCAGGGGAUUUUUCACAUGGACGUUUGUAUGAAAUAUUACAUUUGGAUUUAGCCUUUACAUGAUUGUAUAAAACCUGGUUUAUGGCAAUUUUGUACUUAAAAUACAUUAGGACCAGAUUUGGGGACAAAUAAUUGUAUUGUAAAUUAAGGCUAAGUUUUUAUCCAUUUAUUGUGAAUGAGAGGAAUUUGAGUAAGCAGCUUGCGCAAAAGAUGAAAAGGGCAGCUGUGGAAGGUCUGUCUGGCGCUGUGUUUGCACUCUAGAGUCUGUGUCCUCUAUCAUUUUUAAUCCCCCCCCCUCCCCCCCGUAUCAAAAUUUUUGUUUUUGAAAACUUGUUAGGCCUUAGAGUUCUAGUGCACCCGAACGCUGAUGUGCACACAAUGGUCUGACCGCAUCCCGUCCCCCCCCCCAGAUCCCUUAUGUCUACCUGAAUAUUGAUUUGCAUACGUCAAUCCACCCGCAUACCAAACCUCGACCCAUUUUGGGGAGCAUGCUGCACAUCCCUCUACUCCACCUGAAUAUCGAUGUGCAAAUGACGACCUGACCACAUCCCAUCCCCCAAUCCAUUUCGGGGAGCAGGCUGCACAUCCCUUUUUCCGCUGCUUCACCAUCUCGUCUUUUUGAGUAAAGUGUGCACCCCCUUAUCGUAGUGUCUCUGGGUCCAGAAGAACAAGCACCAUCCUCAAUCCUGGACCAUGCUGAUCUCCCUCGGUGUGACCAAGGUCUAUCUGUCUGCCCCCAGCCCCAGGUGUCAGUAUGUGGGCACAUUGUGGGCUCUGCUAUGGUCAGUUUUGGGGUGGGUGUUGAUAGGGCAUCGCCCGCAGUGUGGAGCCUAUGGUGUGGAGCUGGUCCUUUGUUUGGACUGGGAGGGGGGCGAGGGCACCUUGCACUUCCUGCACCGCCAGCAAACACCUGCACAGCUUCUCUUUUCACCUUUUUUCCUGAAGAUCUUCUGUGAUCCUUUUUGUUAUUGCCACCCCAGCCAUGCCCUUCAUGUCCAUUGGGUGUUUAAUACUCUUGUGAGAUAAUGAUUCCCCCCCCCACCCCCCCGUGUUCUUGCACCGAUCAGAACAGCUCAGAGAGCUGAAAAGGUAGUUGCUUUUUGAAGCCAAAUGAGUCGGCUCCGAUUUAGUUUGGAUCCACAUACUGUUCUCAUCUGUAUAAAGUUCCCCCCGCCUCUUUAUGUUUGUGCCAUUUGAUGUAUAAUAACAUGAAGCCAAUGUGGUGAUCAGAAUCUAGUUCUUUUGACCGUCCUGAGCCGUGCUGGGGAUUAGACGGAAACCAUGUCUGAAUGUGCAGCCCUGGCCGCCUCCCAUGUGCCAGACCUCCGUAGCCCUGCAUUGUUUCAUCCACAUCUCCAGGGUCCCGGGUGACUCCCAAGUUGGCCCAACAAAAUGAGACACAUUCAUUGUUCAGCGUACAGUUAACAUCACAUGGAGGAACUGGGUCAGUGUUUGUGUUUUUAAACAAAGGUAACCGAUUUGCAAGCACUUAAGACAAAUCUAUUAUGCAGCUAGCCUGUAAGAAAUGUGAUCGCCUUUUUAAGAAACUUUUUUUUUCUUCAUGUAAAAAUUCAUAUUUUAAUUGCUUUUUACAAAUGAAGAAGGGAUUAAAACAAGGGAAAGUUUAAAUAUGCCAUCCUUGUCUAUGAUCUGCUCAUUCCUGCACUCCCCCCCCCCUUUUUCCCCCUUUUUUGGUUUGUUUGGAAAAGAAAAUGUUCAAUUUAUAAUAACCUUGAAUUGCUGGUAGUGUUGUAUUAGAUUGAGAUAGCUUUUGUAAAGUGUGAAUAAAAGGUGUACUGUUUCCUUUUUAAAAAAACAAUGGUUGUGUUGUUGCAGAUAUGAAUUUAGUGUUAUGAUUGGAUGUUUUUUUUUUGUCCUUUUUACCCAUUUUUUUAAUCAUACUAUUAAACCAAAUAUUUUUUUAAUAUAUGUAUAUGAAAACGUUAGCAAGUUAAAAUGGAUAUAUAUGGUUGCUAACUGAGAUUCAAGACACUUUAAAAAAAAAAAAAAAAAAAAAGGCUGUCAUUAAAAGUGCAGCUUCA